AUGUCACUCUCAAGAAACGGUCCUUUUCCUAGACACUUCAAACAUCUCAGCUCCUCGAUAUACAUACACGAACCUACUUCAACACAGACUUCCAAUGGUCCAGAUCUCAUCAUCAUAGCAGGAUGGAUGGACUCCAGCCCACGCCAUCUCACCAAAUACAUCUAUGGAUACGAAAAGCUUUACGCAGGUGCACGAAUCAUAGUUAUUCGAACUACAGGCGGCGAUUGUGCCAUUUCUACUACAUCCUGGAAUCUCAAACGCAUCUCGCCAGUUGUCGAAAUUCUAGCACAUCUUCCCUCUGAUGCUAGGAUCCUCUUGCAUACCGCGUCAAUGGGAGGAGGCUACACCAGUGCUUUGAUAGCCAAAACAUAUCUCCAGCAAACUGGAAAAGCAUUACCUCUGAAAGCCCUAGUCAUCGACGGCUCGCCCGGCCGAGCUUCCUACAAAGACACAGUCGCAGCCUUCGCAGCCAUCCUCCCUCAAUUCUUCCUCAUCCGUCUAAUUGGCCUCCUUUUCAUCAAGAUGAUCUAUGGCGGAUACAUGCUCGGCUACAUGAUUCUCCGGAAGAAGAACCUGAUCGAUGCAAUACGUUUUGAUUUCAACAACCCGCAGGUUUUUCGGAUUGAGACGCCUAGGUUGUAUCUGUUUAGUGAUGAGGAUCAGAUGGUUAGAACGAAGGAUAUUGCAGAACAUGCUGAGGAGGCGGAGGGGUUGGGGUAUAUUGUUUUCCGGGAACAUUUUGGGAGGGGGAAGCAUUGUGCGCUUUUGUUGGAGGAUGAGGGGAGGUAUUGGAGGGGUGUUGAGAGGCUGUGGAACGGUGUUUGA